AACAUAAAGGUUAUCAUUGUUAAGAUCCAAUAUCACAAAAACUCCAUGUCUCUCGUUAUGUCGUUUUUUGAGAACAUACUAUGUUUGCUUCUCUUUCUGAAUUCAAGGUGUCUCUUUCUCAUCAAAUUCCUAUCUUCACUAAUCCAUCCCUUGAGUUAUUUCCUAGUGAUGAUGUAGAGUCUCUUGAUGAGCUUUCAAAUGAUCAAACUACCACAACUCUUGUUUCAGAAGAUUUCUCUUCUGUGGAUAUUCCACCUGAAACAAAUGAGAUUGAAAAUCCAUUAGUUGCUUUCUCUUCUAGUCAUCCUACUCAAAUGGAUGUGAAGAAUGCCUUUCCUAAUGGUGAUUUGGAAGACGAGGUUUAUAUGAAACCGCCUCCUGGACUUACUCACCCUCCGAAUAAGUUUGGUUUCACAUCAAUUCCACAUGAUGCUACUUUAUUUAUCCAUAAAUCUGCUCAAGGAAUGGUUCUCUUACUCACAUAUGUUGAUGAUAUAAUUAUCACUGGAGAUGAUGUUUCAGGGAUUGAUGAGCUUAAGCAGUUUCUUAGCCACAAAUUUAAGAUGAAAGACCUUGGCUCUUUGAGUUAUUUUUUAGGACUUGAAGUUACAUCCUCAGACGAUGGCUAUCUUCUCUCUCAAGUGAAAUAUGCAUCAGAUCUCAUAUCUAAAGUUGAUCUCACUGAUAACAAGAUUGUCUCCACACCUUUUGAACCGAAUGUCAAGCUUACAUCAUUAGAUGGCUCUCCACUCCCUAACCCUACUCGUUAUUGACAAUUAGUUAGGAGUUUGGUUUAUCUUACUAUGACACAUCUAGACAUAGCAUAUGCAGUUUAUGUUGUUAGUCAGUUUAUGGCUGCUCCUCGCUCCACUCAUUAUGCUGUUGUCCUUUAUAUUAUUUGCUAUGUUAAGAGAACACUAUUUCAUGAACUUCACUUCUCAGCUCACUCAUCCCUUAUAGUUCGUGCGUAUUCAGAUGCUAAUUAGGCUGGUGAUCUUACAAAUCAAAGAUCCACUACUGG